AUGGCCAACUUUUGGGUGAUGAUCUUCUCGCACCCGUUCCAAUUUCUGACCUUCCUAUAUUCAUUCACAGUCCAAUGUACGUUGGUGUCUUUGCGACGACUAUUGCUGCCCCAAAUCCCCACGUACCAAACAUUCCGCCAGCAGAUACAGCGAGCCUAUCUCUCAUCCACGUCCGUCCACUUCCCCGAAUUACCCCAUAGGUUGCCUGUCACGGGAUGCUCAGAGGCUGAGGCCAGGCGAAUCGGGAAAGACUGGAUAGGUUAUGUGAUCCCGGGGACGAGCAAUCUCGACGAUGCGGCUUCUUCCUCAAGACACGCCGCCCGCGUGGUUCUGUAUGCUCAUGGAGGUGGCUACCUCGCAGGCGAAGCACGUAUGUAUCGGAACUACAUGACCCGAUGGGUCCAAGCGGCGUCGCUUCAGGACAUCAAAUUGACAUUCGUGAGCGUUGAAUACCCGUUAACGUCCGAAGCUCCGCAUCCGGCCCAACGCGAAGCGUUCGUGAGAGCAUAUCGAUCACUUCUCAAUCAGGGAAUCCCAUCUAGUCGUAUCUUGUUUAUGGGUGACUCGGCAGGAGGUGGACUCUGCCUGCUGGGCGCAACGGAAAUUUUCCAGUCUGGGUUGCCUCAGCCCGCCGGCAUCAUCCUUCUAUCUCCGUGGAUGGACCUUUCUCUGUCUUCGUUCGAAGGUGGAAACGCGCUGGUCGAAACCGACUUCGUCGUCCACCUCAAUUCGACGGUGCCGCGCCUGGUAAAAUUGUUUCUGGACACGGCCGCGCCAACGUCUCCGGAAGUAAACCCGCUUUGUCGCCAACCGGAGGAACUUGAGUUUCUUCCCCCUACUUUGACCUUCGUCGGGGGAGCAGAAUUCGCGCUACAGGAAGCAAAGGAUUUAGACGCACUGCUGAACAGGACCAAAGUGCAGCACGAAUUGGUGAUAGACUGGGGCGAAAUGCACAUCUAUGCGUUGGGAUCUGCUUUUAUUGAUCCGAUGGUUCGUGCAAGGACGGACGACAAAAUUGUCAAGUGGAUCCAAAGCUGCACGGCAAAGGACCAUCCUCCCGGGUGA